GCUGAAAGGACCAGCCAUUUUCCUCCCGGGCAGCAGUGUGCUGUGCUAUGCCCUGCUAUAUCCUUUAUUUACAGGGCAUAAAUCACAUCUACUGAGGGCUACAGGAGGACAGCAGGGCUUGCUGAUCAUUACUGCGGCUGAGAAUGCCUUCAAGUCCCUGCUUUGAUGAGCUGCUGACUGCUUGUACUAGGAGCUGAUUGCAGAAGAUGGAAUGCAGGCUGAUAAUGCUGCAUAUCCUUUAUCAGGCAGUGGAGUAGGGGUUUUUUGUCUUGUAAAGGCAAGGUUUCCCUGCAACGUUAUCUGAAGGGCUCAGUAUUAGCUGCUCACAAGGGAAGCUUAGUGACCCGAACAAAGGGUGUUGCCCUUUUUGUAAUCUGUGCUUCUUUUUUUUUUUCUUAAUACAAGAAGACAGCAGUAGAGAAGAAGCAGGUGUAUCACUCAUCUAGGCUCUGAGCUCCAAUACACAGCCCCUGCACCGGCUCUGGUGUUACCUUACCCUUCCUGGACAGGUCCUUCCUGAACACUUUAACUGGGGGAUCAAGGUACACAUCACUACGAUCUCCAACUACCUGCAUAACAAGGAAAUAAUCGUCACCAUCUGAUGGACUGAGGAAAAGGAUAAACCAAAGGUUUUGCCAUUGAUCUGCAGCUUCGGAGUCUGUAUUAUAAAGCUACCGAGUUCACAAGGCAAACUGAGUUCUGUAUCUUUUAACCACGAGGAAUCAAGAUGAAUACAGAUAGCGGUGGAUGUGCUCGCAAACGUACCGCAAUGUCUGUCACACUAACAGCUGUGAAGAGAGUGCAAAGUUCUCCAAAUCUGUUGGCUUCAGGGCAGGAUUCUCUUUCACCUGACUCAGAUAUCUGGAUAUCUUACAAUGAUUGUGUGAAAGAUGGUCUCAAUGGUGAUUCAAGUGGUUCCUCCCUUGCAGCAAAAGGCUUUAGAAGUGUCCGGCCAAACCUGCAGGACAGGAAGUCACCUACUCAGGCACCCCCACCUCCCCCUAGACAAGGCAGUUAUCAGAGGGCAUCAACUAAUUUCCAGCAGGGCGAGAUAAGUGGGUAUAUAGUAAGCCCAACAAGUGUUCAGUCCAAUAAGGGAAGCAUGCUUUAUUCUGCUAUGUCGAGCACAAGCAUGCAACAAAAGACUACUAGUCCACAGGUUUCAUUUUCAAAUGUUCAGUCAGAACACGUGAACAGUAAAUUUCUGGAGCAGAAGCAGGAUUCAAAAGAACGUAGAGUUUCCACCCUAAAAUUAAUUCUAAAAGAGUACUCUUCAGGUAACUCUCCCUCUAACACUUUCCCGAGAAAAGCCCAUUCUUACGUUCAACAAAACUACUCACCCAACCUCUUGCCCCAUAACCCUGUCCCUGAAAAACAUACAGCUUCACUGUCUGUUGAGAUAGCUUCAAAGCAGGACACCAAGGGAGAAGAGAAUCCUGGAUAUCAUGGACCUCCUGCAGCAAUGUCUUUGGACACUUUCAAGGCCCCUGCUAGUAUUUCUGGACAAAAGACUGCUACAGAGACACAAGUGACUCCAGUCACAGUUAAUGGGAAUUCAGGGAGUCCAGCCAGUCCCAUGAGUUACUUUCAAAGACCAUUCUCUCCAACAUAUCCCUCCCCACCAUCACACAACUCUUUGGUCAUGCAACACAACAGAACAUUAGACUCUACAGAGUCUUUCUCCCAGCAUUACCAGUCAGAUGUGACCCGGAACAGCAGCACUAUACCAAUCUGCAGGACCUCAGAAGAGGAGAAAAAAGUCACUGUAAUUAAAGCGCCACACUAUGCAGGGAUUGGACCUGUCGAUGAAUCGGGAAUACCGACAGCUAUUAGAACGACUGUUGACAGACCAAAAGACUGGUACAAGACAAUGUUCAAGCAGAUUCAUAUGGUCCACAAGCCAGACAAUGACAGUGAUUAUUCCAGUAUGACCUAUGCAUAUAAUACAGAUAACUACACCUCUUCUGUACCUGCCUAUUCACACCCCGCGGCAAAGACACAAACGUACCGGCCUCUCUCUAAAAGUAUUUCUGACAACGGCACAGAUGUGUUUAGAGUUUCAUCCCCAUUGCCACCUCCUCCGAUACCUGUGCUUCCUCCUUCUGUGCCUCAUCGCAUGCGGGAGCUGACAUCUCCGGAGAAGAAUGAGUGGGAACCACCAGACAGAAAAGUUGAUACUCGCAUGUUCCGCUCCGAACCCCGAAGUAUCUUUGAAUAUGAACCUGGAAAAUCCUCCAUCCUGGAGCAUGAAAGACCGAAUGGUCGUAUAAAUCCAGAUGAGAUAGAUUUAGAAAAUGAACCAUGGUAUAAAUUCUUUUCAGAACUGGAGUUUGGACAUCCGCCUCCUAAAAAACUAUUGGAUUAUGUGCAGGAGAGUCCCUCUCGUGUGUCUACUGAGACAUCAUUAUACCAACCAUCAAUAGAAAGAGGCAACGAAAGAACAUUCAGCUCUGCAAGUGAUUACAGAAAAAGACGGAAGUCUGAGCCCAGUGUAAGCCAUCAGAAAACCAACAGUGACCAGAAUGCAAACAGGAACAGCCUUAGCCGAACAGGAAUACAAGGCACAAGUACCACCCUGCGAAAACCUUUCAUUAACUCCUCACCUCCAUCUCCUUCACGGACUAAAGCUGAUCAAGAUUCUCCACGGAAUUAUUCCUCAGCCUUUACUGAUGUCAGCAAGAGUUCUGCAAAGAAGGGAGUACAGAAGGAGGCUGCUAGGGCCGUGUAUGACUUCAAGGCUCAGACACCAAAAGAGCUGUCCUUUAAGAAAGGAGAUACUGUGUACAUCCUCAGGAAAAUAGACAAGAACUGGUAUGAAGGAGAACAUCAUGGAAGAGUGGGAAUAUUGCCAAUUUCUUACGUUGAGAAAAUAAACCCUAAUGAGAAAUCACAGCCAGUACGACCCCCACCUCCUGCACAUGUUCGAGAGAUUGGAGAAGCAAUAGCGAAAUAUAAUUUCACUGCUGACACAAAUGUGGAGUUAACACUGAGAAAGGGUGAAAAAGUGACACUUCUUAAGAAGGUUGAUCCAAACUGGUAUGAAGGUAAAAUUCCCGGAACUAACAGACAAGGCAUCUUUCCAGUGUCCUAUGUGGAAAUUAUGAGAAAGAGUCCUUCCAAGAGCCCAGGUGAAUCCCCAGAACGAUCACUUCAUAAGAGUUACUCCACUGAGAGGUUACAUAAUUCAAGCAGCACGUUACCUUCAUCUAAGAGACUCCAUACUCCACCCCUUACUCCCAGAGCAGACUCAUCCUGUGCAGACUCUAGUAAGGGGCACUUAGAAACUGUCACUAGUGAAUGGUUGUCAUUGACUGUUGGCUUUUCACCACCAACCACACCUAUACCAACUCCUCCACCUUUUCCUGACCACGUUCUUCCUAUUCUAGAGAAGCCUACCUCCUUGCCAUUAACUGUUUUACAGCCUGAACAGUUGUUCUCAAGAGAUAUAGCUUCCCGAAUUAAGGAUGGUCAUUUUGUUCCUAUUACGUCACCAAAGACCCUUUCAGGUUGUCAUCAUCUAACCAUACCUUCGCCAAUUCCUGACACAACACUUUCCUCUCCUAUAAUUCAGCAGCUUGAGAUCCCUUCUAUGCCUGCAGCUAAUAUUGAUAGCAGUCUGACUGAACAACAGAGAACAUACUUGGACCAGACCCAGUUAAAAGGACAAAUAAGUAUCAAACAAGCCACAGAAAAUUGUUCCGAUUAUAUUAAUAUACCUGAGACUCCUGGAAAUGAACUGACUCUCUCAAAGUGUGCACCAGGGCCAUCAUCAUCAAUUAGCCCAACUCCUGCCGAUGAACAGGAAGAAGAGAUUUGUCAAGAACUAAUGUCCAUCAUUCAAGGAGUUGAGCUGGAAUGUCAGGAGUCAGGGUUUUCUAGGUGUGAACCUCAAACAGAACAACAUCCAAGACUCUACAUCGAGGAAGAUGGUGAAAGUAAAACCUUACAACAACCAGUAGAAAACGUAGUGCAACCUAUAGUAUAUCUUGAAGAAUGUUCGCCCAGUAUCAAUGCAGAGAACUCCUCCAUUUCUUCUGGAAAGCAAAGGCUUCCUGCACAUUCUCCUCCCCACAUGUCUUCUAGUCUUCCUUUUCAUGAUGACCGUGUAUCUCCACCUUCAUCCUGUCAGUCCACUGUAUCACACUCCUCUGCGCUAACAAAAUUCACAUCCAGGCAGCUGACACAAUCUCCGCGGUUAAAGACUAUUUUUAAAAGUGAUCUUGUAGUUGUUGGUAAGCCUCCUCGUAGUCCUGUGAUGUCUAGAAAAGCCUGCAGUUCACCAGUGAAAAGCCCCAAAUCCACCCAAAGGCGAGCUGCAUUAACUCAUGAACACAUCCAGGCUAUAGGGGAACCAUACCAGUCCUUGUACAACUAUACUCCACGGAAUGAGGAUGAGCUGGAAUUAAGGGAAGGGGAUGUGAUAGAGGUCAUGGAAAAAUGUGAUGACGGAUGGUUUGUAGGAACUUCUAGAAGAACAAAGUUCUUUGGGACUUUCCCUGGAAACUACGUCAAAAGGCUGUGAAUGCAAUUUUUAUGUUGGAUGCUCAACUUGUCACAUGUAUUGCUUGGAAGCACGCAUCUUUAUUUUUGACCUGAACCAGUUCAUAUGUAGUCAUGCAGCCUGCCAACAUUGUCUAGCAGUAUUAGAGCUUCCCCGGCCCAGUCCCAUCACUACUGAAAAUCUUCUAGCACCAAUCAUUACUUAUUCACUCUUUGUAAAACUGCAAUUUCAUAGGACUCACUGCCUCUAAUUAUGUGUGUUUUGGAAGCUUAGAAACACUGUGUAAGACACUGUAAGAACAUGAGGUCUUUAAAACGUUAGUCUGCUUAGAUACCAGUUCAUCGGAGCGUAUACAUGUGGGUAAAAAGGUUACCACUACGACUGCUCUCAUAACAGGUGUAUCUCAUAACCUGUUGUAUCAAGAGGUCGAUGUAGUCUGGUGACCCUGGCACUGAGAUGGCUCCCUGGUGUAGAGAAAGGCAGAGGAAACAUUAGGUCUCACUACAGUCACAUCUAUGUGAUCAGAAUAAAAUGAGAAUACACUG